GGAGAGGACCAAAUGCAUGCAGGAAAUAGCUUGUGGUUGCUCGGGCAAACAUGUGUUGAGAACACAAGGUCAUGUCGUUGCGAGUGCCCUGCUCUAAUAAGGCUACUACGAGCAGAGGACAACGGAUGGUACAUUGCAGAGCAUAGAGAUACUCACAACCACUCGCUAUCACCGAAUUUUGGUGAGACAAUCCACUGGCUGUCACACAAGCACACAUAUGUGUACACCAAAGACCUCGUAAAACACUUAAGGCAGAACAAUGUGAACUUACCAAAGGUGUACAGUAUCAUUGGAGGUUUCUUUGGAUCAAUGGAAAAUGUUCUGUUCACAAAGAGGUUGUUACGUAAUUUGUGUGGGAAGAUAAACAGGGACCACGUAGAAGAUGAUGUGAAGAAGACAAUAGAUGUGUUUGCGGAGAUAGGACCAUGCAGAAGAUGAUGUGAAGAAGACAAUGGAUGUGUUUGCGGAGAUAGGAGCUAAAGAUUCACACUUCCAAGCAAAAAUGAUGGAAGUGUCGGAAGUUGGCGGGAGCUCAAGGGUAGCAGCAAGGCUGGCGGACAGCAUGAGUCGAGGUACAAAAUAA